UUUGAUGGUCGAGGAACUGGCAAAAUGGAAAUCAGCUCUAACGAAUAAAAUCAAUGAUUUACAGGAAGUUACAAAGACACUUCUAAGAGAACGCAGAAAAAUGCACAUUCAAGGGUUAAAAACAUUUACUUCAUUGAAAUGUAUCGCCGGAAGUCUAGCAAAUGAUGAAAAUCGGCCUGGAUUAAAAUAUGGAAAUAUCUUGGAAGUUACGAAUAUAAAUGUAGAAUUGAGUAAAUACAUAAGAGAAAAAAUGGGAUUAGAAGAGGAAGAAAUUUUUGGUGAGACAAUGGAUACACACCAACAAACAUUUGCUGAAAAAGCAGCUUACAGGCUUAUUCAAAAUCCUGUCUCUAUCUCAACUAAACAAGAUCUCCUGUGUAAUGCUGUUAUGGGCGCUGCUUCGUCUUUGGGAGGAAAUCAAUCAUUUCACCAACAAAUGGGUUCUUGUUGUCCCCAUUGUAAAGGAGAUGUUCAAAAUAUUUGACAAUUCAUAUAAUAUUAGGAAAUUGCUUUUGUAUCAUACAAGUAAUAUAUAUUAUGGUUCAUUGGUUGUGGUUUUAUAACAAAUCAUCUUCUAAACUGAAAUAGGUAAUAUCAUUAUAUUUCUGUAAUAAUUUGUAAAUAUAUGUAAGUUUACUUGUAA